AUGUCUUUUCUCCGUGCCAGCUUCCCUGGCUCUGGCGAUUUCGCCCCUCUUUUCCGUCUCCUUGACGACUACGAUGACCACCGCUCUUCCCGCAACCAGUCCGCGGUUCGCUCGUUCUCUCCCCGCUUUGACAUUCGUGAGAGUGAAGAGGCAUACCAUUUUGAUGGCGAACUGCCUGGCAUCGAUCAAAAAGACAUCGAUAUCGAGUUCUCCGACCCCCAGACUCUGCUUGUCAAGGGCCGCACUGAGCGCGAGUAUCACAACUCCUAUCCACCAGCCGAGGCCGAGGAAGGCAAGGAGACCGACAAAACCAAGUUCACUCACCGGUUCUGGGCCAGCGAGCGCUCAGUCGGCGAGUUCCAGCGAGUCUUCUCCUUCCCGACCUCUGUCGAUCAGCACAAUGUCAAAGCCAGUCUGAAACACGGUAUCCUGUCCAUUGAGGUGCCCAAGGCCUCUGCCGCUACUUCCAAGAAGAUCACAAUUGAGUGA